AUGUAAACCCAAUGGGGUUGGCUCCCUGCAUGUCUUUGAGCUCACACAAACCCCUAUAAACACCCUCCCCCUGUCUUAUAUCCCUACAACCCCACAUGACUCUGCUUCUCUCUCUACUCUCUACCCUCUCAACUCAACACUCAGUGUCUCACCAUAAAUACCCCUACGCACCCCCUCUACCUUCUGUACCUUUUACUCAGAACUCCAAAUCCUCAAUUUGAUUGUAAUUUUGAUUUUGAUUUUGAUUUGAGGAAACAGACACAAGCUACUCAAAAAGAAAAACAGAUCAAAUGGCUAUCAGAAAAUCAAACAGACUUCCACAAACAGCCGUGCUGAAGCAAAUUCUCAAGAGGUGCUCAAGCUUGGGGAAGAAACAGCAACACUAUGAUGAACAAGGCCUCCCUUUGGAUGUCCCCAAGGGCCAUUUUGUGGUUUAUGUUGGAGAAAACAGAAGCAGAUACAUUAUCCCAAUCUCCUUCUUGACUCGCCCUGAGUUCCAAAGCUUGCUUCAUCAAGCAGAAGAAGAAUUUGGAUUUGACCACGACAUGGGUCUCACAAUUCCUUGUGAAGAAGUUGCUUUUCAGUCAUUAACAUCCAUGCUCAGGUGAAAAAGACAAGAUUUUCAAGUCACCACUAGACUAGCCUAGCCUAGCCUUGCUUGUUAGUUGCUUUGGGAGAAAAUGGCUGAAGAUUCCAGAUGAAGCUGCUUUACUGCUUCUCUGUUUUUAAUUUUCUCCUGUAUUUUUUUUUCCCUCUGUUUUGGGAUUGUUCUCUUACAAAUUUGAAUUACAACGACUCUCUCUGUCUGACCCAAAAAGAAAUUCAAGAAAAACCCAUUGAAAUUA